AUGGCUACCGGCACCCCCUCCCCUGCGCUACAGAAAACCGCCAUGCGAUCCCGGGACAUCGAGGCUGAUGACGAAAGCGCGCCCACUCCUGCGGCGCCACCUGGCGCUUUCCCAAGCCCCAGCACCUCGGCUGCACUCAAUGCAGAAGCAGCGGAACUGCGUGACGGAUCUGACGUGCCGUGGCACGUCUAUUCCGCAGAGCUCAAGGCACUCUUUUCGCUGUGCGGGCCGCUCGCGCUGUCGGGGUUUCUGAUGUACGCACGCCUGCUCAUAUCGCUGAUGUUCCUGGGGCGGCUGGGCGCGGUGCCGCUAGCAGGUGGCGCCCUCGCACUCACCGUCGUGAAUGUGACGUCCUUCUCACCUCUUUUCGGUCUCACUUUGGCGCUCGAGCCCCUCUACGGACGGGCUUAUGGGGCCAAAGACUUUCGUGCUAUGGGCGCCUGGCUGCAGCGAGGCGUGGUUAUUCUGUGGCUCUUCAGCGUCCCCAUCUCGGCUCUCUGGUGGAACGCCGAGAAAAUCCUCCUCUUGCUGCGCCAGUCCCCUGAAAUCGCGGCGGCCGCGGGGCUUUACCUCCGAUUCCUGUUGCCAGAUGUCGUGCUCACGGCCACUGUCAUGCCGGUCCGCAUGUUCCUCCGGACGCAGGGCUAUGCAAGCUACAUCCUUUACGCAAACGUGUUCGCCUUCGCUCUCCAAGUCCCGCUCACCGUCCUCUUCAUGGACUACGCGGGUUUGGGAAUGGGGGGCGCCGCGAUCGCCUCAUUCUGCUACAACCUUGUGCUGCUCAUUCUGUUGAUUUCGGUCGGCCUCUGGCGGGGGCUCUUCGCACGCUGCUGGCCCGGCCUUUCGCCCCGCGUUUGGGCCAGCGACUGGAGCGUAUUUUUGGGCCUCGCCAUUCCUAGUUGUUUCUCGCUGUGCCUCCAGUGGUGGGCGUACGAAACGGCGACCAUCAUGGCGGGCUGGCUUCCGAAACCCGAGUACAACCUGUCGGCGCUCUCCAUCUGCUUCAACAUCAACGCGGCGCUCGCGGGGGUCAAUUUCGCCACUGGUACCUCUUCGAGCACGCGCAUCGGAACGCUUAUGGGCGCCAAUCAGCCCCAGCUCGCGCGCGUAGCCUCGCGCGCUUUCAUCUGGGUCGGGCUCGCGACCGGCCUCACCAUCGGGGCCGUAUACGCUAUCUUCCGCGACCAUCUCGUAUCCCUCUUCUCGGCCGAGCCGCACAUCGUCCAUUUGGGCGCGCAGCUCUUCGUCGUGUGCGCGUUUUACGCGAUCGCAGACGGGCCCCAGAAUGUGCUCCAGGGCAUCCUGCGCGGGAGUGCGCGGCACAAGGUCGUCGCGCUCUGCGUGCUCGCGGUGGAAUACCCUAUCGGCAUCCCGGCCGCGUAUAUGCUCGCGUUCUGGGCGAAGCUCGGCAUACGCGGGCUGUGGAUCGGGUCGCUUAUAUCGCUCUGCGUCCAGUUCGCGGUGCUAUUCGUAAUUUAUCUGCGGACGGAUUGGGAGGAGCAGGCCGCGCGCGCGCAGAGGCAGGUCGCGGCCGCAAAGGCGGUCAUGAAGAAGGCGGCCGUGGGGCCCGCCGCGGAGUCGGACGCUUCGACGCCCUUGUUGCAGUAGCGCCUGCAUGUCACAACCGUCAUUUAUCGGCUAUCCCGCUGCCUUAUAGAACGUUGACGUAUUCGCUUGUGGACUUCGGACGUCGGCGCUCAGAUUUUAGCAGAAGGCAACGGGUGUACUUGUAUGUCUUUUCACGCACACUUACUGGGACGGACCGACACUGCACGGAUAUCAUAGCACUGGCAAAGUAGCAGUCAGUCCAGCCAAAAAUGAGAAACAA